AUGGCAUCGCCGGGUAAGCGUCCGCUACCGGCCGAAUAUACGAACGACAGCGUUGACCCUCAGCGGCACGGAGGCACGCAGCCAGACGACCGUACGCCCAAGGCCCCUCGCUCGUACGCGUCAUUUGCCGCCUCGGACGAUUGGGGGGCGACGCCGUCCUUGCCUUCGCGAGCAUCGUCCCUCUCGAGCGUGACCCGCAAGUCGUCUCCGACGAAACAGUUCAGACACGCAGAGCUGUGGGAGGACGGGUUCACCGUCAGGAAAAUCAAUCAGGCACACAACAAACCCGCCGACAAGAUCCAGCCGCUGCCGAAAUCCCUCCGCGACCUCAAGGCCCGCUUGAACCAGGUCAGCCUGGGCGUACAUCUGUUGCCGGAGCGGUGCCGAGACGAGUUCUCUCAUCUUUCCUACCCCGCCGAGGAUGCAUCGAUCCCUCCGUCUGCCUACAUGCCCCAGGAGGCAGAAGCAGUGCAGCAAUGGCGCACCCCCCCGCUUUCCCUCAUCAACAAGACUAUCUCCAAGGCCACGGAUUGCGACGUCCGCCGCAAGGACGAGUACGCCUGGAACGCCGACGUACACCACGGCCUGUUUGCUUUUGUUUUUGACGACGAGGGCCUUGUGGACGCAGAAACCUGUCCUACGGCCGAUAUCCUCUCUCGCUUCAAGCCCAAGGGGGCACCGUCCAAGAGCAUCGACUUCUGUCUCGUAGUUCGGCCUGAAAAUCUGGCCGAAGAGGCCGAGGAGCGGGAGAAGAUGGAACUGCUCUGCAGAUACCGCUUUGGCAACUCGAUCAACCACUCGGUGCAGGGGAACCUAUGUUGCUGCCCGAUUGCCGUCUCCAUCGAGACUAAGCGUCCCGGCGGGCAAUGGGAUGACGCGCUGCUUCAGAUGGGAACCUGGCAGGCGGCCCAGUGGCGCAGCUACACGCAACACGGCCUUCCGCCAUGCCCAGCCCUCGAGUUCUUGCCCGGCAUCAUCGUCCAUGGCCACCGGUGGCGAUUUGUCGCCACAGUCCGGCAAGGGUCCAAGGCUGUGUUGCUGACCGAGAUCGACAUCGGGACAACAUCGACCGAGUUUGGCGUCAUACAGAUCGUCAUUGCACUAGAGAUCCUCAAGCGGUGGUCUGCCGAGGUCUUUUGGCCGGCUUUCAAGAGCGACGUGGUACAUCACGGGCUUUCCGUCGUAGCGGAAUAA